AUGCAGCUCAAGACCCUCCUCCCUAUCCUCUCGGUUGUUGCCGGCACCUCCGCAACCCUCACCGUCUCCUUCAGCGGCUUCUACUACGCCUCCUGCGCAACACCCAGCAUCAUGGCGGCGAACCUAUUCUCCGGCGCCUGCGAUCCAGUCCAGAACCUGCCCAUCCAGUCGUUCAGCGCCCAUGUUUACUCCGGUACUUGCGACGACGCGUCUACAUCGCCGGUCUUGAAGCUCUACACGCAGUCUGGAUGUGGUGAGGACAGCUUGUAUGGGGAGUAUGAGCUUAGUGAUGAGGAGACGUGCUUUGACUUUGCGGAGAGCGAGACGUUUGUUAGUGGUGAGGUUGUUUGUCAGUAA